AUGGUUAUCAAGCUUGAGGCAUUUAGAGAAAUAUAUAUAAAUAACCUUGCCAAUCAAUGCGUUAUAGACUGCUUUGCAGAUCUCUGUUCAGGCUGGACUUAAGAGACUUUUAGGCAGGUAGUUAUGACUUUGACGAGAAAAGGUGCUGCACCUAUUAAGCUUUGGUUUGAUUCCCCAGAAGAAAUGACCGUACUUUCAAACAAAAGACCUGCUUUGCAAGAAUUAUUUAGAAUUAUGGAUCAUAAUAAUGUUGGUAGAAUAGAUACACUUGAAAUAUUCGCAGUUAUAUUGAUCUCUAUACAAGGCAAGUUUGAAAUCAUACUUCAAAACAUGAUGACUAUAUUUGGCUUUAAUAAUGAAAAUGAGUUUUCUCGAGAUGAAUUUCAUUUCUUUUUGGAUUGCAUGUUCAGAGGACUGUUGAAACUAGCGAUACCUAAGGGCAGCAAGAAGCCUAUUCAUCCUGGCAAAAAGAUGACAUAAAGUGAUAUUGAAACUUUGGUUAGUCAAAUCUUCCCAAACAAUAUUGAUCUUAUUGAAAGGUCAGACUUUAUUGAGAGAAUGACUCCCUCUAAGGACAUUACCUAGAUGAUCCAGUACUUUCAUACCACUUGCCUCCAAUCAGUUGUUGACUACAGACAAAGAAUACUUGAUAGAAUUCAAAUCACUCAUUUUGUAAGGAAGUUACUGCUUGAUGUAACCAGAAGUGUCUAUGCUAAAAUUAAGGAAAUAGAAGAUCUAAAGGCUAUUAAGGCUAAAGAAGAGGAAAUUAAGCAGAAGGAAUUACAGGACUAGUAUUAAUAGUAGAACUUAGAUAGUUCAAUUUCAAACAACUUAGAAGUAUCUAUGGAUUAAAGAGAAGCUUUAUAAUCGAAAGGAGUAUAUAUUGAUCCCAGCAAUCCAAGGAAAAUUUUUCACAAAGAUUCUCAAAGAAGAAUGUGGAAAUAGCAAUGA